CAAGAAAAUUAACCAUGAAAAAACCGAAUAUCAAAAAUAUUUGGAGGAAAUAUGUGACCCUAAUUAUCAGGGAGGUUCUUGGGCUUUACCAGAAAAUCCUACUCCGUUAGAACAAGCGAAAUAUGAGAUUUGUAAGCAAGUAGUAAGUUAUAAACUAGAUACUAAAAUUAGCACUGAGGAAAUGGCUCAAAAACUUCAAUUAAGCAAAGACGAAACCGAGGAUAUUUUAUAUUAUCGCAUUGACUAUUUUACUUUGGAUAGAUUAGUUUCUUAUGCUACCCGCUUAUUUAAACCAUUUGAAGAAAAAUUAAACGAAGCAAUAUUAACCCCUGAACCCAAGAAAAACCCUAAUUGGAAAAGAGACCAUUAUGUUGUAAAAAGAAUUCCGUUUGGAGAGGAAAA